UUUCCCUAGAAACGCACGGAAACAACCAUGCCUUCAUACGCUCCCAACAUCACAAUACUAGAGAGGGAGGAGAGAGAGAGCGGUUUACAUUGUGAAUCAGACCUCAGAUUUAUAGUCAUCCAGCUGCACCACCGGAACAACAGCUGUCUCGCUUUAUAGCCAGUUUUUGUCCGUUAAACCGUUAUUCAUUUAUGCUUUACGCACAGUCAUGAUUUUGACGCACAGGUUAACUUGACAAGGAAAGUGUUGGAAGACUGAAACGUAACCCAUCUCGUUAAUUUCAUACUAUCCUCCUAGUUCUUCUGUCUUAACUGCUCGGAGCAGGAACAGGUUAUCAGAGCCAUGUCCAGGAAGAAGGCAGUGAAAGGCAAAGGGAGCUCCAAGAGCCCCAAGGCGUCGCCGUGCAGCGGGAGGACGGGGAAAGGUCUGGCCGCCGCUGCCGCCCCGUCUUCCGGACUGGUUUAUCCCAGCAGACCGUGCCUCAGCAACAGCGGAGAGUUUUAUGACAUCGCCUUUAAGGUGAUGCUGGUGGGGGAUUCAGGUGUUGGGAAGACCUGUCUGCUGGUUCGCUUCAAAGAUGGAGCCUUUCUAGCCGGGAGCUUCAUCUCCACUGUGGGCAUCGACUUCAGGAAUAAAGUAAUGAGCAUUGAUGCUGUGAAGGUCAAACUGCAGAUUUGGGACACUGCUGGUCAGGAGCGUUUCCGGAGUGUCACACAUGCCUACUACCGAGAUGCUAAUGCUCUCCUCCUUCUCUAUGACGUAACUAACAAAGCAUCCUUCGACAACAUCCGGGCAUGGUUGACAGAGAUCCAUGAGUACGCCCAGCAGGACGUGGUCGUCAUGCUGCUGGGCAACAAGGCUGACUCAACACAUGACAGGGUGGUGAAGCGAGAAGAGGGAGAGAAACUGGCAAAGGAGUUUGGGGUGCCCUUCAUGGAGACGAGUGCUAAAUCUGGACUGAACGUGGAGCUGGCCUUCACUGCAGUGGCCAAAGAACUGAAGCACAGGUCCAUGAAGGAGCCUGAUGAGCCAAAGUUUCAGCUGAAGGAGUACGUCGACAAAGAAAUGAGGACUGCUGGCUGCUGCCGCUCAUAGACCACAUCCUAUAUGUGUGUGUAUGCUUGUGUGUGUGAGUGAGCGAGUGAGUGAGAGAGAGAGAGAGAACAGGUACAUUCUAUUAGAGUAGUAAUAAAUCUGAGUCAGUGUGUCUGGGAAUUCUCAGUGUUUGUAAUAUUUCUAUCUAGUGGUGAUAUGGCCAAUAUGCUCUCUCUCCCAACCCACCUUUCCUCUGCAACUGUGAAUGUAAUAUAACUAAUGUAACUACCUACAUGCUUGCACAUACACAUGCAUGUACACACACACACACACACACAAACACACACACAGCUGUGUUUGUAAGUUUACUUCACAGCCUGUUCAAUCCAUUUUUCCAUAAGUGUGAUGUAAAUAUUUUAAAUGUAAUUUUGUGCUUUGAAACUUUGUAGUUUGUAAAUGCCUGUCUUGUUGAAACAAAAGAGCACAGUCACAAAUAUGUUGAAUAUUAAAUAAAUCAAUCUUGUUAAAGUAAUAGAAAUAAAGAGAUCUUAUGAAGAAAUUUGUACAGAUGUACACUAUAGCACCUAAUAUAAGCUGUCAAACGGCACUGUGUGCUGUUUAUGUACAGGAUAUCAUAUGAUAACUGUUUUUAAUACUUGUACUCCUGAUCAUGAUUAUUAUUAUACUGAUGUGUCUGUGAAAUUUAAUUUGAGGUCUUUACCUUUUAUACACAGACUGUUCAGUUUGAGUGUAAAACUGAUAUGUGAAGCAUUUUAACACAAAGAAAUCUCCCUCAUUAAGUAUUAGACCAUAUUAAAUGUAAAAAACAAGAUCAUCAGCAAAAAGACUGAAGGCGUCCAUUAACCUCUACUCUGCGUUUUACAGAUAUGAUGAGGAAUCAGUUGUUUUACGGCACAACACAGGAAGAGGGUUUCGUUCUUCCAUUGAAAUCACUUCAAGUGCUCCUUUUUGAGAAAUACAAGGGACAGGGACAAAUAACAUCUUUUUUGUGACAAAGCAACGGGGUUCUUGUGAAAUCUGGUCUGAAUUUGAAAGGGGGGGAAAAGUUGCAUAUUGAGAGUGAAAAGUCAUUUUUGACUUUGGAAACAGAAGUUGGAAAAAUAAAUCUCAAUUCAAGCUCCACUUACAGUACUAGCUUUUUCUGGAGCUUUCCACCACAUGUCACUCUCUUCAUCAGCACAUGCUGAUGGAGUUGAUCAGGUUUUCAUCAGAAGAUCAACUCAGCUUUAACAAUAUUGAUUUAUUUAAUAUUCAACUCUAAUGGAAGACUGUGAGAUGUGCUUGAAAGCUCCAGAUAAAGCUAGUAAGAUUUUUUUUCCCCCCAAGUUGAAUAAUGCUGGUUUGAGAUAGAGGUUAUCUAUUAUUCUUCACUUUUUGUAUGUACACAGUGAAUUUUCAACUAUACGGUGUAUUGUAUAAAUGUUUAAAACUGCUACACCAAACAUCUUGAUUUUUUUCUCCACUUUUCCAGACUUAAUUUCAAUGCAUAAAAUGUUCAAACAACAUAAAAUAAACCUGCAACAGCUGCAAUAACCAUGAACACAGCAGAUACCCAAAGAGUCAGUCUUGUACUUUUCAAUCAAGAUCACAAAAUUUUAGAAAACUGAACCUCAAAGAAGUGUUAAGAAUUUGUUAAACCUAGAAGAAAGUUUUAUUGAACUUAUUUUUCCCUCCUGAGGUUUUGUAGUUCCUGUUGUUCCAUAGAGAUGUAACAAUUGUUAUUGGAUCUUUGCUGAACUAAUGCUGCGCUAUGGCUCCAACCCCAAGAGGAGGUAAAUGGAACGGUAAUUGGAAGUUGGUAGUUGGUUGAAAGAAGCUGCUGCUGUGUGUUGGCUUCAAGGAGGAGUUGCAGUCUGCAGUAGAAAUGCAGGAAAGAUGCAGGAUUCAUGUAAAUUAGACUUUUUCAAAAGUAACAUGUCACAGGCAUUUUUAUCUUUUUUUGUGAGAUGUUUUAUCAAAGAUAGUUUCAGACUCCUGUCUGCUUAUGUUAAAAAUACUAUCAAUUCUAUCAUAAAAUACAACAAAUACAGAUUCAAUUUGCUUACAUUAAAUGGUAUUUAAAUUAAAUUACACUGAAUCUUAAUAUACAGAUUUUACAAUAGAUCACACAUUUUCAGAAUAAAUCAGAAGUAAUUAAUUUAUUGUUAACUUGUAAUCUGUGUGCUGUAUCCUAACUGAAAUGAUUUGUAUUGUAUCAAUCUCCAGUGUUCACAAUAAAGAAUGAAUCAACAGUGAA